UCUCGUCGCGAUGGAUCGUUGUGGUCCUUGUGUUUUCAGCACGGAUGCUGGGUCUUGACGAUAAAACCAUCAUUUGAUUAGCGUUUUGAAAUAGUCCACCGAGUGCCGUAGUGUCGUUCGUUGCGUCGUCAAUGUGAGUUGGAGAAGUUUUGUGAGCUAUUGUUUGCAUUGUGUGAUACUUGACCUAGGAGAACGUGAAGAGCGCUAAGUGGUAUUGCGAAUAUUUGAGGAAUUUAGUAUAAAGAGGUGAUCAUGAAGAUAUUAGUGGUCCUGAUGACAUUGCUGGUGGGUGCUUUGGCCGACCCUCAAAUUUUAUAUCCGGCGAUAGGUCUACGACCCAAAGCUUUCCGAAAAGCUUUGAGAAAAGCAGGAUUCUUCCCGUUGGUGGUUCCUGUGCCAGUAGCUCCAAUCACUCCAGUUGUGCAUGUACCAGUGGCACCAGUAGUACCUGUAGGAAUUGCUCCAGUUGCACCAAUUGCACCAGCCAUACCAGUGGCGCCAUUUGGCCUUGGAAGAGCAGCAGGUUUUGCCGGAGGCGGUGGCAGUAACGCCCAAGCCCAAACGGCUUCGUUCAGCAUUGGGCCCGGAGGCAUUAGCGGGUCCUUCAGCAAAUCGGCAGCUAACUCGAAUUCGUAUGGCGGCGGUGGAUUUGGAGGAGCUGAAGCUUCCGCCAGUGCCGUGGCAGAAUCCGAAUCUUACGGAGGAGGUUUCGGAGGAUUUGGAGGCUCUUCGGCCAGUGCACAUGCUUCGGCGAAUUCGUACGGAGGUGGCGGUUUGUUACCAUACUAUGGAUGAAUAACUUCUAGACUGUGCGACUACCUUGUAUGUUUGUGGCUAAUCAAUCAAUGUACUUGAUUAUUUGUAUGAAAAUGAAUAUUUAGUAAAUUUA